AUGUCCGACUCCAGGUCUCUCUCCGACUUCGAUGUCGAGAAGGAGCACACCCGUCAGACUCCCUCCGACCAGAGCCAUGUCGAGGCUUCUGCGCCUGCGCCCAUCGCGCCCCGCGUCAGCAUCAAGGUCCCUCGCACGCAGACCGCCCGCUCUCACAUCCCUAUCGGCUUCCGCACACUCAGUAUCCAGGUGUACGAGUCGCAAGCCGCAGAUGGCGUCAAGAGCAAGGAGCACCUCUCUGAUACCGAAUUCUUCGGCUCGCUCGACUUUCACACUGUCAGCCCCGAUGCGCUUGCACAGAGGUUCAACGUGAGCCCCGACGCUGGUCUCGAUUCCCCCGCCGCCGCACGUCGUCUUGAGCGCAAUGGCAAGAAUGUCCUCACACAAAAGAAGAACAAAUACUGGAAGAAGCUCUUCAACUACACUUUUGGCGGCUUCUGCUCCAUCCUUUGGAUCGGUGUCAUCAUCUUCUUCAUCUCGUGGCGACCUCUCGGCAACCCUCCUCAGGCAUACAACCUUGCGCUCGCCAUCGUCGUCUUGAUCGUCAUCUUCUUCCAGGCCAUCUUCAACGCCUUCCAGGACUGGUCUACACAAAAGGUGAUGAACUCGAUUCUCAACCUCCUCCCCGAGAAUGCCAUCGUCAUCCGUGACGGUGAACACAAGUCCAUCCCUGCCUCCGACCUCGUCGUCGGUGAUGUUUGCAUCCUUUCGACCGGUAACAAGGUGCCUGCUGACAUGCGAAUCAUUAAGGCCUCCGCCGAUCUCAAGCUGGACCGAUCCGUGCUCACCGGCGAGUCCGAGGAGAUCCCAGGAACCGUCGAGGCCACCGAGCAGAACUUCCUCGAGACCAAGAACAUCGCCUUCCUCGGAACGCACGUUUGCAAUGGUAACGCCACCGGUGUCGUCGUGCUCACGGGUGCGCGCACCGUCAUGGGUCGCAUCAACAAGCUCACCAACGACGACAAAGAGAGGUCCACGCAGCUUCAGAAGGAGAUCUCGCGAUUUGUCAAAAUCAUCAUCUGCUUGACCGUUACGCUCGUCACGAUCAUGCUCAUCUUCUGGCUCGCAUAUCUCCGAAAGGACCACAAAGGCUUCCUCAACACCGUCGGCAUCUUGACCAACUUGAUGAGUCUCGUCGUCGCUUUCAUCCCGGAAGGCAUGCCCAUCGCUGUCGCUCUCACGCUCUCGCUGAUCGCACGUCGCAUGCGCGAUGUCAAGGUCCUGCCCAAGUCGCUUUCCACCGUCGAGACGCUGGGUUGCGUCAACGUCAUCUGCUCGGACAAGACCGGCACGCUGACCGAGAACAAGAUGUCGGUCGCCUCGAUCGGCUUUGUCGACAAGGAAUGCACCAGGAACGACAUCUCUAGCCUCGACAAUUUCCUCGCUUUUGACGAGCUCAAGAAGGGCAUGGCUCUUUGCAACGAUGCAUUCUUCGACCCUUCCAGCGAGUCGCUCGUGCCUUCCGAACGUGCGGUCCAGGGCAACGCCACCGACGCCGCUGUCCUCCGUCUCUCGGCAUCGCUUCCCGGCUCCGACGAGAUCAAGACGGCCUACCGACGUGUCUACGACAUCCCCUUCAACUCGAAGAACAAGUUCAUGCUCACCGUCAUGCGAUCCAACGACGAGAAGGCUUCCACCAAAGCCGACGAGAUGUUUGUCAAGGGUGCCCCCGAUGUGCUCAUGCCCCGCAUCUCGCACUUCUACUCGGCUGCCGACGGCGAGAUCAAGGACUUUGACGAGACCGCUCGCUCUCAGCUUGUCAGCGUGCAGGAGGCGUGGGCUCGCCGCGGUGAGCGUGUCAUCCUCCUCGCCAAGCGCCAGUUCACCGCUGCUUUCAAGAACGGCACCAGUGACUACGAGGACGAGGUCGCUGCUGCUAGCGAGGGCAACCUCGUCGUUAUCGGCCUGCUCGGCAUCAUGGACCCCCCUCGCUCGGACAUCCCUCACACCGUCUCGGAGUGCCGAAGGUCUGGAUCGCGCUUCUUCAUGGUCACCGGUGACUUCUCCUUGACUGCUGCUGCCAUCGGCAAGAUGGUGGGCAUCUUCACUUACAACGGCGAGCCCGACCGUAUUGCCGACUUUAAUGCUAAGGGUCGUUACGCCAGCGAAGGUCCUGUUCUCAGCGAGAAGCAGCUCAAGAAGCUCAACGGCCCCAAGGACCUCAUCGAGGCCAGCUUGCUCGUCGAGGGCAAGGAGAUUCCCCAGACCACUCAGCAGGAAUGGGACGUCAUCUGCCGCUACGAAGAGAUUGUCUUUGCCCGCACCACGCCCGAGCAGAAGCUCAAGAUCGUCAACGAGCUCCGAGACCGCGGCUGCGUCGUCGCCGUCACUGGUGACGGUGUCAACGAUGCACCCGCGCUCAAGGCUGCCGACGUUGGUAUCGCCAUGGUCUCCGGUUCCGACGUGGCCAUGGAGGCUGCCGAUCUGGUGCUGAUGGGUGACUUCAGCUCCAUCAUUCAGGCCAUUAAGCUCGGUCGACUGGUCUUCCAGAACCUGCAAAAGGUCAUCUCGUACCUCCUCCCGGCCGGCAGUUGGUCCGAGGACUGGCCCGUCAUCCUCAACGUCUUCUUCGGUGUGCCUCUGCCGCUGAGCUCGUUCCUGAUGAUCAUCAUCUGCUGCUUCACCGAUCUGGUCUGCUGUCUCACGCUCAUCUUCGAGAAGGAGGAGUUCGACCUGCUCUCGCUCGAGCCGAGGAACCCCAAGACGGACCACUUGGUCAACAAGGCCAUCUACGGUCAGAGCUACCUGUUCAUCGGCAUGAUGGAGACGCUCUCUGCCCACGCCAUGUUCUUCUUCUACAUUUACAAGUACGCCAAGAUUCCGGUCAAGGACAUGUUCUUCGCCUACGAAAAGUUCGGCGACGGCUUCCACGGCUACACGCUGGACGAGCUGAACCACUUCCUCGCCGUCGGUCAGUGUGUCUACUUUGUCACGCUCGUCAUUCUCCAGUGGGGCAACCUGCUCUCGGUGCGCAACAAGCGCCUGUCCAUCUUCCAGGCCGACCCGAUCCGCAAAGAGCGUCGCAACCCGUACCUCAUCCUCGGCCCGCUCGCUGCGCUCGUCAUCGCCAUCUUUGUCACCGAGGUCAAGGGCAUCCAGAACCUCUUUGGCACUGCAUCGAUCCCCAUCGAGUUCUGGCUCAUCCCCAUCCCCCUCGCGAUUGGCAUUCUGGCCAUGGACGAGAUCCGCAAGCUGUUGGUGAGGACCUUCCCCAACAGCGUCAUCGCCAAGAUCGCAUGGUAA